AGCCGCAACAGCUGAUCUCGCGCAUCAGAGAGCCGCAGCUCCGCGCGCGCCGAGGAGACGCUAAAGCCAGAAACGAGAAAGACAGAGAAAGAGUUGGCGACGGAGGGGAUGAGAUGCUUCGGUCUUCCAGUUACAUUGUUACAGGCGUUUUUAAUAUUCCGCGACGAUAUUUUGACAUAUUUGAAUUUGCAUGAACUUGUUUAGAAGGUUUUGCGGCAUUUCUUGGAUCUUGCUUUUGUCUUUUUAACCCAUUUAACCUUCAUGUCCUCUCGACUGUUGUGCGACUCUUUGACAGCGUCUUUCCGCAUGUUGUGAAGACACCGGGCGGGCAUUUCCACCGGAGUGUUUUCACGCUCCCAGCCGGUCCACACAGAACCGUUUUACCGGCAGGCUUCACCUUCUUUCUGUCUCCAACCGCCUCCGGUGCUGAACGGACAGCGGCAGUUGGCGACGCGAAGGGGAAAGGAGUCUCGCGCUGAGGGGAGCUGUCCGGUACUGAAAGCACGAGGCUGGACAGAGGCACGCGAGUUUGCUGGGAGCUGUCCGCGUGCUGAAGACAGGCGAACGCCAACGCAGGAAUCCCACCAGCAUCCUUUUGAUCUGCCUGUAAAACGGAAUAAAAUAAACCAUCAGGAAGAAAGAGAUUUUAUGGGAACGUUGUCGACACAGUAGCCAUUGAGGAGCUGCUUGUUUUAUUUUUGAGGUUAACACGCUCCACAGGUCUUCCAGAAACGAGUUAUCCGAAAAAAAAGCUAACAGUUAACAAGUAACUCUUUUAGGAAAUCUUGGCAAAAAAUCAAUUCAAGUAUGGUACAAAUACAGAAGCACACGAGGAACUCUUAAAAGCCAUGUCUCCUCUGACUUUGGACGCUGUUUGACGGGAGGAAGCGAACGCACCUACGACAUCUGAAAUAUCUGAGUUGGACCCGGACCAUCAGCGCCAAGUCAAGGGUCUCAGAAGCCUUUAGCCAAGUUUGAAGUGGGUCACGGAGGGAAGGUGUCUGUAGGCGCCACUACUGUCCCAUCAUGCCGCGCUCUUUCCUGGUGAAGAAAGUCAAACUGGACGAUUUUUCUGCUGCUGAGCUGGAGAGUUCAUACAGUCACAGCCGAAGAGAAGAGCUCAGGCUGAGAUUCCACCAUCAUGACAAAGGCUACGUCAGCGAUUACCUGAGUCCAAAUCCCUACGAUGACGUGGCGGGAAGCGACUCCUCCGUCAUCUCCAAGGUGUCCUCCCCCAGUCCCCCCUCCAUCAUCUACAGCCGGAUCGACAACGCCUACGCCGGCCUCCGCGGCGACAUCCACGGCGACUCGGACCAGCCCGACAGCCCGCGCUCCGAGGUCUCGUCGUCCGCCAGCGGCUACAUCAACGGCGACGCGGCCGUGAGCGAGGGCUACGCGGUGGACGCCUUCUUCAUCAUGGACGGCCGCUCGCGGCGGAAAAGCGCCGGGCACGCGCGCGGCGGCGGCGGCGGCGCCGGCGGCCAGCGGCACACGUGCAGCGAGUGCGGCAAGACCUACGCCACGUCCUCCAACCUGAGCCGGCACAAGCAGACGCACCGCAGCAUCGACGGCAAGAUGGCCAAGAAGUGCCCCACCUGCGGCAAGGUGUACGUGUCCAUGCCCGCCAUGGCCAUGCACCUGCUCACGCACGACCUCAAGCACAAGUGCGACGUGUGCGGCAAGGCCUUCAGCCGCCCGUGGCUGCUGCAGGGCCACAUGCGCUCGCACACGGGCGAGAAGCCCUUCGGCUGCGCCCACUGCGGCAAGGCCUUCGCCGACCGCUCCAACCUGCGCGCGCACAUGCAGACGCACUCGGCCUUCAAGCACUACAAGUGCAAGCGGUGCGACAAGACGUUCGCGCUCAAGAGCUACCUGAACAAGCACUACGAGUCGGCGUGCUUCAAGGGGGCCUUCUCGCCGCUGGGCUCGCUGGGGGAGUGAGCGGGCGGUCGGGCGGAGCCGGUUCCGUCCCAGUCGCGCCCGCUUUGAGGCGUCGAGGAGGCCCCGAAACGCGACGCGCCAUUCUCCGCGAGGACGACAAAAAUAGAUUCCAGACACGUUUGUUUUUAUCAAGACCCUUUCAGCCCCUCCUCUGUUUCCUCCCCUCUCAUCUGGUAGUGGAGGGGAACAGUUGUGGAAGCUUGAUUCAGAUUGUCACCUGCUCCGAUAAGACGUUCCCCUCAGAGGCGCAGAUAAAUAAAGCGCACCACAUGCAGCUCAUCGUUUCUGAAGGCACCUAGAU